GAGGGCUCUCCCGCCUGGCUGCCCAUCGCUGCCCGCUCCUGCCUCACGAUGGCAACUCCGGACGUCAGCGUUCACAUGGAGGAGGUGGUGGUGGUGACGACGCCUGAUGGCACAGUGGAUGGAGGCGGCGUGGAGGAGGUGAAGACGGUGCUGGUCACCACCAACCUGUCCCAGCACAGCGGUGACAUAAACGAAGACACACUGGAGACCGAAAAUGCAGCUGCUGCGGCUGCUGCUGCCUUUACAGCCUCCACGCAUCUGAAGGAAGCAGUCCUAGUGAAGAUGGCUGAAGAUGAGGACAGUUUGGAGGCAGAGAUUGUCUACCCCAUCACCUGCGGGGACAGCAAAGCCAACCUCAUCUGGAGAAAGUUCGUGUGCCCUGGGAUCAACGUGAAGUGUGUGCAGUUUGACGAUCACCUAAUUAGUCCCAAGGAGUUUGUCCACUUGGCGGGCAAGUCAACGCUGAAGGAUUGGAAGCGGGCGAUCCGGAUGAACGGGAUCAUGCUCCGGAAGAUCAUGGACUCGGGAGAGCUGGAUUUCUACCAGCACACGAAGGUCUGUUCCAACACCUGCCGGAGCACCAAAAUCGACCUGACUGGAGCCAGGGUGUCCUUGACCAGCCAGACAUCAACAGAGUACAUCCCUCUCACUCCCGCUUCUGCGGAUGUGAACGGAUCCCCAGCUACAAUUACCAUAGAAACAUGCGAGGAUUCCAGCGAUUGGAGCACCAGUAUCGGAGAUGACACCUUUGCUUUCUGGCGAGGCCUGAAGGACACAGGUCUCCUGGAAGACGUAAUCCACGAGUUCCACCAGGAGCUAGUGGAGACCAUGAAGGGCUUGCAGCAGCGAGCACAGGAUCCCCUGCUGCAGCUCGGUGAUGCUGUUUUACUCAACAACGUAGUCCAGAACUUUGGUAUGCUGGACCUCGUCAAGAAGGUCCUGGCCAGCCACAAGUGUCAGAUGGAUCGCUCGAGGGAGCAGUACACGCGGGAUUUGGCAGCUCUGGAGCAGCAGUGUGAUGAGCACCGCAAGCGGGCAAAAGAGCUGAAGCACAAAUCGCAGCAUCUCAACAACGUCCUGAUGACCCUUACACCCGUCUCUGUCCCCACGCCUUUAAAACGUCCCAGGCUGACCAGGGCCACUUCUGGACCAGCUGCCAUCACCUCCCAAGUCCUGUCCCAGCCAGCGCAGCUCGCCGUCACCCCCGGCGUGCCCAUCUCCCAGCUCACCAGCCUCCCUCUCGGCAAAGUGGUCUCAGCCCUCCCAUCCUCGGUGCUGGGGAAAAGCCCGUCCCAGCCUCCCGUCACCAACUCCCCGGCCUCCCCGCUGCUGGGAGGGUACACGGUACUGGCCUCCUCCGGCUCCACCUUCCCCGGCACGGUGGAGAUCCACCCGGACGCUUCCAACCUGACGGUGCUGAGCACGGCCGCGGUCCAGGAUGGCAGCACGGUGGUGAAGGUGGUGAGCCCCUUCCAGCUGCUGACGCUGCCGGGACUCGGCACGGCCAUCCAGAACGUGACACAAAUGGUUCCCGGUGGGAGCACGGUCGUGACCAUCCCAUCAGGUGCCACNGGCCGCGCUCCCGCCGCCAUCGAGGUGACUGCAGUGGCCGAUGAAGCGGAGCACAAGUGA